AUGAUAGGUUUUCUGAUUAGUGCUUUACUAGGGUAUUGACUUUAAGCUAAUUAGAUAUUGCAUUCAGGGAGCUCCUUGUUUUAAUUUCGAUAAGAUGUCAUCUUCAGUUAAUCCACUCUUGGAGGAUGUGAUAGAGAUGGAUUACACAGGCAAGAAUAUCAUAGGGUAUGGAAUGUGGCAUAGAUGGGUACCCAUGCUAAAUACAACAGAACUUAAAAAAACUACUCUUCCUUUUUUAUAAUUGAUUUAUGAAUUUGAUACUUUGAAAACAGCUAUGUACUCCAAGAUUUACGUGAUUUGUGCCCUUGAUAUACAAUAGUUUUACGUAGUUCUAGAAUAGUUUGGAAGUUAUACUCUAAGAAACCAAAUCUCUUUGGAUAAUAUCAUGAUCGAAGGGAGAUGGGCUUAUCUUUAUUAUUGUUAAAACAUAGCUUCAGGGGAUUUUAGAUUUUAUUAUAAAUUGUUGAUCGAUAGUAACUACGAUCAGACAUACUUCAUCUCUGGGGUUGAGAAUGACAGAAAAAACAGAAGAAAAUCUGGGUUUUCUGCUGGGUAUAUAACUUCAGUCCCACAAGAAACAUCAGGAUAUCUGUAUUUUGGCCAAAAGAGUGAAAUACUGUUUAAGGACGAAUUCUACAACACUAUAUCUGAUUUCAACACAGCCUUGAGCGCGGGUUGCAAUUUUCCAGAUUAGUGUUCUGCUGGCAAUAAAGUAACAUAUAUGUUUGAUAAUAUCUACAAUGUCGGUUAAAUGGGAUCAAAGAUGGAUGAUUUAUUCUAUGCCGAAAGGAACUACGCUAUCUCCACAUGGAUUAAAUUGGAUUAGUUGAAUUUGGCUCAAAAUAAAUCCUCAUAUACUGCAUUACGAAUGGCAUUAUUUGAUUUUUAUGCAGACGAUUACUUGUAAGGAGACAGACAAAUAUGGUUGAAUUACCAAUAGGAUUACGAGUACCCUGAAAAUACAAAAAUAUCAGUUCAUACUUUCUCAUUUAUUUUUGCCUAAUUAACUUUCUAUUAAACUAGAGAAGACGACAAAUGGAGUGUCCAAGGUCUUAAAUAUGAGGAUCAAGUCACUCAAUGGCAUUACUUUUCAUUUUAACAUGGGUCUUUUGUGGAGGCUGAAACUGGAUAUGGCAACACGAAGAUUUAUUUCAAAUUCAAAGAUUUUGAAAUCACAGAUUAUUAUGUUGAGAAGAAGAAUCAUUUCUCAACUCAACAGUUCGUAAUGAUAGUAGGCAGAGACAAAUACGCUGAGUCCUUAAUGAAAGGACAAUUGGCAUUUCUGAAAUUAGAAUAUUGUUUCGGCGAUACCUUUACAAUGGUGAUGGGUAUGUCAUUGAUUAUAUUCUUAAGAUUGCAAUGUUCUUUGUAAAUAAUGCAUAGGUCCUGAAGUGAAUCAAUGUACAUCAUGUCAACCUUCUCAAUUCAGAGUAUUAACAGACAAUUAAUGUCAGUGUAAAAGGAACUACGUGGAGAAUACCAAUCCAAGUUUAGUGGUCUGUGAAAGUAUUGAUCCCUCUACAUUAAUUAGGCUUUACUGACAGAGUUGGUUCCAGUAUCUUUUAAGAGGCCAGUCAAGUCAACACAUGUUAACAGGGAUAAUUUUUAAUUAAGAAUGGGAACACUUAAUAAUGUCUAAGUUGUCCAACUCAAAUGAGUGACAUCUCAAUUCAAUGUGGAGAUUGUUACGUUAAUAGUUAAGACUGGUAUUUAAACCCCAUUUGCACAUAUGACUAUUUGGCAUUCAAUUCCAAUCCAAGCAAUGCCUUCAAAUUGAUCAAUAGAAUGGAAAGUGCAUAUUAAUUAUUUACAAUAUCGGCUGAUUUGAAUCUGGAAUUAUGUCCUUAAUGUUUGAAGAUAGUAUCAGACACUUAAUAAUUGGAUUCUAACAAAUUAAUAUCACAAUAUCAUCUAGGAGUUAGAUCAACUAUUCUAUGCAAGAGUUGUAGCAAAGCAGUCAAUAAUUAAUGUAUUGAUUAAAAUGAAAAUUGUGAUCAAUGUGAUUCACAUUACGCAUGCUAGAGUUGUUAAGAUGGAUUCAAAUUGGUUAGUAACUAGUUCUGUAUGAAAUGUCCAGAUAGUUGCACUGAAUGCACUUUCAUUGGAGAUGUUCCCUAAUGCACAAGUUGUCCUGUUGGAUUUUAUCUAUCUGGAGGUAAAUGCAACCAAUGUGGUUGGAAUUGCUUAAUAUGUGAUGCAUAGAGGUGUUUCAAAUGUGUGAAUUACAAUUAGUAUUAUAUCUCAUUAGACGGCUAAAACUGUUAUGAAAACAAAAUCACUAAUUGUUUGAUUGCUUAUGAAGAAAGUGUGAGCAACUCUUCAGCCAUCUCUUUGCUCAAAGACUAUCCUAUUGUUUAGAAGAAAGAGGAUGUUGUUGUUAAGUGUGCUUUAUGCGUUACUCAGAGUAUCAACAAAUUGACUUCUUGUGUCAUUGAUUUUAAUUUAGCUGUAUCAUCCAGAUAUCUUGAACAGAAUAGCUAGAACGUUCUAUUAAGUGCAACAAGCAUUCCUUAAGGAUCGUAUUAAUUGACCAAUUCAACAAACACUACUUCUCUGUGUGAUAGUGAUCGAAAUUGCAAGAGUUGUGUAUUGGAAGAUAGGUUCUAUUAGGAUUCUUGGAAACUUGACAUUACAUCAUUCUAUAAUACCUAGUAUGGUUAAGACUUUUUGGAUUUAGUGUUAAAGACCAACGACGGAGAGAUCAAAUGCAUCAAUUGUUUGAAGGGAUAUGAUUAUGUAAAUGGGAAAUGCAUUAAAUCUUGUGAUUCCAAUUGCAAAGAGUGUCAGAUUAUUAAUGAAUAAGCCAUUUGCAUAUAAUGUACAGAAAACUGGAAUGGCUAAAGGUUGACUCUGAGUAAUGGAGAGUGCAUCGAAUGUCCAUACAAUUGUGCUUUAUGCAAAUAAAGGGAUGCGCAGUCUCUUUAAACAGUCAAUCCGUAUUUUGAUCCAACAAAGACUGAUUUCAUCAAAUUCAGUUACAUAUGCCUCAAAAGUUAUACCAUACCUAGCGUGAAUUUGAAUUACGAUUUCGAUUUGGAGAAUUUCAUUGAAUGUUCAAGUGCAUCCACAUGCAAGCAAAAGGCAGUGAUAGACUUGAAACUCUAUUGCAACAAGAAGGUCUCAACUGUCUUAAAUGGAUAUGAUUAGGAUUUGACUGCAUUCGCUUCGCCUACUUACGAAUCCGAUAGUCAUACCAUAGUGUUCAAUUAGAAGGUUCUCAAAGAGAUGACCAUUAAGAUGAGAUUGAUUAAUGAUGAUACUACUUUAUCAUGCAAAUUGCCUGACAAUUUCCAAAUCAUUUCGGAUUUAAGAAAGAAUGUAUUUACUUUGAAAACUAUUAAUCUUGAGUUCUAUGGCACAACAAAUGUGAUUUUUAAUGAAAAUUUCAUCAUUACUGGAUUCAACUAAGUAUUGUUAAAGGAUUUCACCUUGGUAAGUUCAUCGAAAAACCAAAAUCUGUACAUCUAUGAUUAAUUCCAAUUCGAGUUAAUCUUGGAUAGCAUCACAUUGAAGGUCAUCGAUAUUUCCUUUUCUAUCGUAGUGGAAAAUGCCACCUCCAUUAAUAUUGAUCAAUUUGCUAUUCAAGAUAGUAGAAUAGUCAAUUCAACUGGUAUCGUACAAUGUUUUGGAAGUCUAAAGAAAGAUGAUGUGACCCUGCAACUAACGAACAUCGAUAUCAAAAACAGUUAAUUCACUAAUUCAAAGAUCUUCUUGUUCAAGUUAUCUGAAAAUUACAACAAUCUCAAGAUAUCAAUCUAAUCUACAGUCUUUACAUCCAAUCUCUUCAGAUCGGGAUCGUAAGCCUUUAGAACAGAUUUCCCUCUUAACGUUAGGAUGGCUGUAGUCGACAUCACCUAGUUUACUUAGACAUCGGAUGAACUAAUUGAAUCUACAUUCGCUAGUUUUGAAGGAGUGAAAAGAGUGAAUAUCGAUUAGAUAGUCUUGCAACAAUCCAAAUUGAGUACAAAAAGUAGAUGGUUGAUUCUACCAUUAUUCUCAAUAACUGAUCUGCAAGUAAAGAACAACAUCUUGAGUACAGACGAUGUAAUAUUGAUUUCCAAUAAGGCAUCAGUGUAAUACUCUGAUGCCAAUGAUGGAAACACCAUAGAUAUGCAAACAAUAAAAUUUGAAUUAAACAAAUACUUGGGUAAUAAGGCAUUCAUGGAAAUCUAUUAAACAACGUUUGUUGGAUUGACAAUCACAAUUAACGACUUGUUUAUUGACUAGAAUGAAUUAUACACACUAACCAAAUUGUAGCAAAAAUACAUAGCAUCAGAAAAUUCAACUUUUUACUUUGACAGUUAUGACUUGACUCUUACUAAUACCAAAAUUGUGAGAGGUAAGACAUUCCCAGAAAUGGCAAUUCUAAAUAGUAACAAAGUGUAAAUAGACAAAUUGGAUGUCACCAGAAAUUCUGAUUUCUUAAGAUUGCUUAACAAUAGAUUGUCUUGUGUUUCAGCAAAUGCAAUACCUCAAAUUUAUACUACUAUUUUGUACUUAUAUAACAUCAAGGAGAUAGAUAUGAAUCAUAUCACACUCUAUAAGAUCAAAAGUAUCAAUCAACCUUUGAUUUCUAUUAAAUCAUCAGAUAGAUUGAAAAUUAGGUAAAAGGAGUCCAUCAGAAUAAGGAAUAGUAUCUUCAGUGAGAAUCUGCUAAUUCUGAGUAAGAUCAGUGAGUUGUAAGCUAUCAUAUCAAUCAUUUCUGAAUAAAAUCAGGAUUUUCUUGUAGAGGACUCUAAAUUUUUGUAUAAUUUCCAACAUAGUUACAUAUCAGAUUUAUCAUUUGUAUCCUCCUCAACAUUGUUGUUUUCCAGUCCAAAUUCGAGUGUCAUACUGAACAGAAACAACUUUGAAAAGAAUAUAGCUACGAAUGGAUAGAAUUCAAACUUAGUUUUGAAGUGCAACAGCAUUACAAUAACAACUUGUAGUUUCCUCUAUUCAAAUCAAUUGCAUUUCAAUGUGAUACAAGAGAAUAUCGUCUGGGGUUUGGAAAGCUUUGCCAUUCCAAAACAAGAGGAAUUCUACUAAGCAUUUCCAAUCAAGACAUUCGGUGGAAGUGCUUAUUUAUCUGCAAACACCACCAUGAUCAAAGAUGUAAAUAUAAUUGGUUCGAUUUCAUUGCUUGGAGGUGCUAUCUAUCUAUAGCCUCAAUCUGAUGGUAUUGUGAAAUUUUAAGACAUUCUAUUCAAGGAAUGCAGAGCAUCUUUAGAAUAAGUUUCUAAUGCGCAAGGUGGAACAAUCUUUAUUGAUGCAUCCUCUUCUCAAAUUUAGAUGACAAUUUUGAAUUGCACAUUCUUGAAUAGUUAUAGCAGAAGAGAAGGAGGUGUCAUCUAUGUGAUUCCUUCGAGUAGCGAGAACAACAUGUACCUCGAAGACGUACUAAUUCAGGACUCUUAUUCUAUCUACUAUUCUUUCAUUAAGACUUUUGGGUCAAAUCAAUUGAAUUUGGAUGCUCAAAAUCUCACUCUCCAGAAUUCCUAUUAAGGAUUAAAACAAUAUUUGGGAUAACUCUAUUAACUAUCUUAAUCAGAGAUAAGUGAUUACCACUUGAAUUAUAUCUUUUCAAUCAAAGGCAAGUUAUCUUUGUAGAAUUCCAGUUUCACUGAUUACAUGAAUGGGUUAAUCGAAAUAUCCAAUGGGGAAUUAAGCAUGAAGAACGUCAUAGUAAGUAAUUAUAUUACAGGCAGUCAACCACUCCUCUCAUUGUCAACUAUUUCUGUAAUCGUUAUGCAGAAUGUGUAAUUCCUAAACAUUUCAGUCUAUGCUUUCAAUGACAAUAUUGUACCUGAAUGUGAAGUGUCCUACACUGCUCUAGCUUUAACUUGUGAUUACUCUCAAAUAGCACCUACAUUCAUUGAAAUUGACAUGAAUCAAACCAUAAUAGAUUACUAUUCAAUUCUGAAUAUCAAAAAUGUCCAAUUGGCUUAGAGCUAUCCCACAUCCUUGAUAUCUAUAAUCAAUAUUGAUACAGACCAUUCCAUCGUGAUUCAAAACACUAAGUUUUAGUCCAUCAUUUGUCAAAAAUGCACUGAAGGAUUAAUCUAAUUCGAAUUUUUGAACUACUUCAAAUUGGGCAAUAACAUAAUCACCUUUGAGAAAGUACUAUUGUAAUCAUCUCAAUGUGGACAAUUGAGUUGUAUUGUUAUUCAAUAAUAAUAUAACCAAAAUCGAUUGAGAUUGCUAGUUGAUGAUUCUUCCAAGAACUCCAUUAUUUACACUGUCACUGUACGUGAAAGCACCUUUAAUAAUAACUUUGGUACCAAAGGAGGAGUCUUUCAUGUCAAUGACAUCAAUAUCCUCUUCGAUAAUUGCAAAUUCCAAUCCAACAUUGCCUCUGAAUCAGGAGGAGCCAUCUAUUUCCUUUCAAAACAAGCCACUCUGAACAUCUACGAUUCAGAAAUCAGCAGUAAUCAAGCUGCUGUUGGAGGAGCCUUCUUUUUAUAAAAUUACACUCUAAAUUCACCAAGUGUACUGAAUCUGCAAUUGAGAAAUAAUAAGGCACAGUUGUUUGGAUAAAAUUAUGCAGAAUACCCCAAUCAGUUGACUCUGUCAUUGAAUGGCGGAGUUGAUUACCUUGAAAAGGAGAGACUCUUUGCUAACUUAACAACUAUCAUCGAUGUCAUAACCAUUAAACCGUACAAUGUUUCCAACACUUAGAAGGAUUACAUCACUCUUCCCAGUGGACAAGCCAUCAAUACUUAUAAAUAUUUUGACGAAGAAACACAAUAAUACUUAUCAUACAAUUUGACCUUCAGAAUCAUAGCACUGAACAAACAAGCCAACAAAAUACAGAAUCUGGAUGGCAGCAAGUGUUCUAUCUUUUCAAGGAAGAUAAACCUCUAAAAUAUCACUGAUAUCGAUCCUCAAAACAUGGAUAAUGUCACCAGCACUCAACCCUCUCCAUACACCAGUGUGCAAGAGAUAAGCUUCAACACAACCUCCCAAGAUUACAAUUUAGAUGAGAUGAUUGUUUAUUUUGAUCCGAAAUCCAAUUCCCAAGCUGUCUUGCAAAUUGAGUUCUUGUGUAAUUCUAUUAGAAUACCCAUCUUCAAUCCAGAACCCCCAUAUUUAUUGAAAUAUCAAAUCGAAAAUUACAGAUUGAGAGUGAAUGUGUAAUCCUUCGACUGCUAAGUUGGAGAAUAGAAGAGAGAUGAAGAUGGCACUUGUCUUGUCUGCGAUUCACAACAAGAUUAAUAUUCCGUCAUUGCAGGAGAGACUUGCCAAGUCAAAGACACCAUCUCAACAGAGGCAGUCACUUCAGCCAGUGUCAAACUCAGACCCGGAUAUUGGAGACCCUAUUCGUAUAGUACUAGGAUUGAAUACUGUUUGAAUAUGCAGAUCAAUUGCGAGGGAGGUUGGACUCCAGGAGAUGCCUCCUGCUUCUCGGGACAUAUUGGGGCUUUAUGUGAGUAAUGUGAUAUCUACAAUAUUAUGGGAAAUGGACAAUGGUCAGUGAGUGCGUAGUAUAAAUGCGGUAGUUGCAAUGAUGUGGGAGACAAUACAAUCAAAGUGGCUCUUAUUAGUACUUGGUAACUUAAUAUUUAAUCUAUUUUAGGACUUUGAUUUCCAUUAUGCUUUCAGUGAAGAGCACAAUGGAAGCUGUUAAUAACAUGAUCAUAAGUAAUAAGUUUUCGAAAUAUUUUGUUGAACAAACUAAAGCUGGUUAGGGAGGUAUCUUAAUUAAAGUGCUCACCAAUUAUCUCCAAAUUAUAGGAGCAGUUUAGACAUUCUAACUUUCUUUGCCAAGUGCUCUCACAAGUGCAUUCAAGACUGUUGGAUCUCCUGUAGAGUCCAUGAGUUAUUCUUUGGAUUGUUUCUUGAUCAAGAUUUCAGAUAUCAAUGUCAUGUAUUUUAGAAUGAUAUGGGCUUUGAUCAUGCCAAUCAUCUACAUUGUAACCUUCUUUAUUUUGUACGGAAUUGCUAUCCUUUUACGUCAAGCAGAUGCCAGUAAGAGUGCCAUCACCACCACCUUCAUAUACUUGUUCACCUAUUUGCAACCUACUCUGCUUGGAGGCUUUGUAUCUCUGUUGUCAUUCAGACAAGUGUCGAAUAUCUUUUGGGUUCAAGGUAAUGUGGCCUACAGAUAUGAUACUGCCCAACAUUUGAAAUGGGUUCUUACUUUUGUAUUCCCUUCUGCAUUCACACUUGGAUUGAUCAUACCUGCCUAUAUGUUUUUGAGCAUGUACAAGAUUAAAAACGAUUUGAACGAUGGAGAAAAUAGAAAGAAAUGGGGUUAUCUAUAUAAUGAAUAUCAACCCAAGGCUUACUUUUGGGAAAUAGUAAAGAUUUUCCAGAAGAGUUUCAUCAUAUUGUUUUUGACAUUCUACGAAGAUCUAAUUAUCAUCAAGGCUGCCUUGAUCUUCAUCAUUGUGUUCAUAUAUUCUCUACUCACCAAGAAAUAUAAACCAUUUAAGUUACCCUACUUAAAUUAUUUGGAUGAUAUGAGUACAUUAGUUUGUGGUACCUCCAUUGUGUUGGGAAUGACUCUAUAUUCAGCCAACUAGACUUCCAACCAGGAGAUCAUUUGGCCCUUCUACAUAUUUCUGAUCAUCAUCAAUGGAGUCUUUAUUGCAAUUAUCCUGUGGGAAAUUCUGUGGGCUCAAUUGGAUGGCUAAGAGGAAGCCUUGGAUAAGUUGAGAAACAAGAUAAAUGUGAAAUUCCCAGAUUUGUAAAACAAGAAUUGGUUGACAAGAAAACUAUUCACCAAUAGAGCUGAACAACGUGCCAGAAUCAAGAAGAGAUUCAAAAUGAUUAGGGAGUAUUUGAUGGGCAUUGUAAGAAACGAGAAUAGAAAGAAAGACCAUUUGUAUCAAAUGAAUCCUUUGGAUUUGACUGCUAAGUAAGAUAUUUUAGAGAUAUUUCAUUAGAGAAAUGAACGAGAAUGACUCAUUAUCUCCAGACAUCAACCCAACUAUUCUGUCCGUCCCUCGUUUCUACAAUAAGAUCUACCCAGAAGUAUUUGUAGAUCAAUAUGGAUAUGAUCAUCAAUCAUAGGCUGAUUUAAGUAGAGUAGAAUGA